GCAGGCCGGAAGAGCCCGGGACAGGAAGGGGUAACUACCCCCCCCCACGCACUUAGGAGGGGCCCCCCGGCUGGUUGCCGAAGCUGUGGCUGAGGAGGAAGUGAGAGGAGGAGGUGAGGUGCAGCAAGGAGCCUGUGGCAUCAGGGGUCUGCAGCACUAUGGCCCAGGCCCUGGGGGAGGACCUCGUGCAGCCUGGUGAGCUGCAGGAUGACUCCAGCUCUUUGGGGUCUGACUCAGAGCUGAGUGGGCCCGGCCCAUAUCGCCAGGCUGACCGCUAUGGCUUCAUUGGAGGCAGCUCAGCAGAGCCAGGGCCAGGUCACCCUCCUGCAGACCUUAUCCGCCAGCGGGAGAUGAAGUGGGUGGAGAUGACCUCACACUGGGAGAAAACCAUGUCUCGGCGGUACAAGAAGGUAAAGAUGCAGUGCCGGAAAGGCAUCCCCUCGGCCCUGCGGGCCCGGUGCUGGCCCCUGUUGUGCGGGGCCCAUGUGUGUCAGAAGAACAGCCGUGGCACUUAUCAGGAACUGGCUGAGGCCCCUGGGGACCCACAGUGGAUGGAGACCAUCGGCAGGGACCUGCACCGCCAGUUCCCUCUCCAUGAGAUGUUUGUGUCACCCCAGGGUCACGGGCAGCAGGGGCUCCUCCAGGUACUCAAGGCCUACACCCUGUAUCGGCCGGAACAGGGCUACUGCCAGGCCCAAGGCCCUGUGGCUGCCGUGCUGCUCAUGUAUCUGCCCCCAGAGGAGGCCUUCUGGUGCCUGGUACAGAUCUGCGAGCUUUACCUCCCUGGCUACUACGGGCCCCAUAUGGAGGCUGUACAGCUGGACGCCGAGGUGUUCACGGCCCUGCUGCGGCGGCUGCUCCCGCGUGUGCACAAGCACCUGCAGCAGGUGGGCGUCGGGCCCCUGCUCUACCUGCCCGAGUGGUUCCUGUGCCUCUUCGCCCGCUCCUUGCCCUUCCCCACGGUGCUGCGUGUCUGGGACGCUUUCCUUAGCGAGGGUGUGAAGGUGCUGUUCCGUGUGGGGCUGACACUGGUACGCCUGGCACUGGGCACCACUGAGCAGCGCCUGGCCUGCCCGGGGCUCCUGGAGACGCUCGGCGCCCUUCGAGCCAUCCCACCCACCCAGCUGCAGGAGGAGGCCUUCAUGCCCCAGGUGCACAGCGUGGCCCUGUCCGAACAGGACUUGCAGCGGGAGAUCAAGACCCAGCUGGCCCAGCUGCCCGCGUCGGCAUCUGGGCCACCCCCGAGGCCGCAGGCCCGCCUGCCUGGGGCCCAAGCCAUCUUUGAGGCCCAGCAGCUGGCAGGAACCCGGGGAGCCACCAGGCCCGAGGUGCCCCGCAUCGUGGUGCAGCCCCCGGAGGAGCCCAGGCCUCCACGGCGCAAGCCCCAGACCCGAGGCAAGACUUUCCAUGGGCUGCUGACUCGGUCCAGGGCCCCCCGUAUCGAGAGCCCCGCCAGGUCCCAUCGAGGCUCCACCUCCUCUCUGGACACCCGAUUCUGAAGGUCCCACUUCUGAGGGUACCAGAGACUCAGGGUCCCCCAACCCCAACUGCCUGAACGGUGGAUGCCAGCCUCAAAGUAGGCACCACACUUUACAGCCGGGAUGGAUGCCUUAGCUUUCCCGUGGACUGUGUGAGGCUUGAGGAUGAAGGAAGGUCAGAGAGUGAGGUUUUGGGGACCCAGGCCCAUCAUCCGCCCAUGGAGCUGCCCUGGUGCCUGGGCCCCUGUAAGCAUCAAGCUGGCGCUGAAGGAGGGUGAGGUUAGGGGCACGGGCUGGGCUUAGGGGACCCCAAGGCUCCUGGGGAGGCCUGGAAUAAAGUCUGAGCAGAAGCCCGUAUGCAGUCAGAUGGAAUGCCUUCCAGCCUCAACCCUGGACCAGCUGCUCCUUCCCCUCCGGCCCUCACUCCCCUCAC